AUGUCUGGUAGUCGCCGCUCAAUCAGGGUAUAUUCAUUUUUCAGAGACUCAAAUGACGACGUUACGGGUCCUCCCCCAUAUAACUCCGCGGUACCCAUGGUACCCACGAACUCGCCAACAGGUGGUGCAAAGCCCAUGUCCGAUUUCUCAGACCUGAGUACCAACAUGGAUAGCAAGUCAUCUGAGGCAUCUUCAUCAAGCGUUCCUCAAAAAAAGAUCCAGGAUGCCCCAAAAACAGAAUGGAAGAAUAAAGAGUGCAGGAAAUGGCUUGAAGAUUACUUCGUAACAAUGUGUGGUUACAAAAUCGCCGUGGCAGCGGAAAAGGCGUCGAAUUUUAUGGGUUCGGGCAUGAGCAUGUAUAUGAUGAGCGUCGCAGAGUGGAAAACAUUAAUGGGUGUAUGUGAGGGGUCUGGGAUCUAUGGUGUUUUAAUGGAACACAACAAAGACGGGAGAUAUUGUUUCCAUUCUUAUAACACGAGAAAGAAUGGAUCUUUGGACUAUUAG